AAGAAAACGUUAUAAGCUAAAUAAUGCAUGCAUCACAUCAAUUCAUAUGAAUUAAAGUUAAUAAUUUUAUGUAUGACGGGUUAAGAUUGCGUGUGAAUCUUGAAGUAUCCAUUGAAGAAUUAAGUCAGAUUAAGUUUCCUUUAAGAAAAUAUCAGCUUUCUAAUAAAACAUUUUAUUUUCGUCCAAAUUUUACCUGAAUGAUUUUGUUGGUUCAUAUUGAUUUUACUUUAUUUACAUUUAGAUCAUGUUUAAUAAAGAUAAAGACCAAAAUUAAACAGAGGGGAAAAUAUAUUGAAAGUAAAACCGGUAGUAGAUAGGAGAUAUUCAUUUGACAACUGUAAAUUGGUACUAAAACUUGUUUUUGAAGAUGAACAAAAAUUGUGAUAAAAUACAAUGGAAACAACCUUGAUGAUGAAAUGUAAUCAACCUCAUACCUGUAAUUUGUUUUCCACGUUUACGAUCCAUUUAAGAGAUCUGUAAAAAUGAUAAUGAAUAAUUUCACUGUGAUAAUAUCUAAACGACAAUGAAGGACAAACAGUUUGAGGAAGAGUUACUGUUGUCAGAGUACUGUUUACAACACCAUGACAGUAAAAGUUCUGACAGUGAUGAAUCUCCCUUUCAUUACUCACCGGUUCAUAAGGAGACAUCACCUCGCACCAAACUUAUCGUGGACCAUCGGAAGUCAAGGUCACCAUGUGGAUCACUGUAUGUCCUGGCUGCCUCCGUUAUGGCAUCACUGGGAGGAAUACUGUUUGGAUAUGAUAUAGGUAUUAUAUCUGGUGCUAUAUUACAACUAAAGGAAAAGUUCUGCUUGUCAUGUUUCGAUCAAGAGUUAGUUGUCAGCUCUAUGUUAUUUGGAGCUUUACUUGGAUCUUGUUUCGGAGGUAUGAUAAUAGACUGGUUUGGAAGACGUUUUACCAUUAUAGUAAAUGCUGGAGUAUUUACAAUUGGUGCUGUAAUAGCUGCUGGGGCACCUGUCUUCUAUGUUGUGGUAAUUGGUCGUGUUGUAUUAGGAUUUGCUGUGUCUGUGUCAGCCAUUGCAGAAUGUAUUUAUAUCUCAGAGAUUGCACCAGCUAAAAGACGAGGUUUGUUGGUGUCAUUAAAUGAACUUGGUAUAACAUGUGGAUUACUGAUUGCUUACUUAGUUAACUAUGCAUGCAUAGAUAUUGAAAAUGGAUGGAGAUAUAUGUUUGUUAUUUCUGUGAUCCCAGCUGUUAUACAAGGUAUUGGGAUGAUAUUUUUACCACCCAGUCCGAGAUUUCUGAUGUUACAUAAACAAGAAACUAAGGCUGAAGCUGUUUUAUUGAAGCUGAGAGGAGGAUGCAAUGUAGAGAAAGAAAUAGACAACAUCAGAACAGCUGUUCAUCAUGAAAAGAAUACUCAUUGCUGUGAUAUCUUUUCUAAUUCUAAUAAUAUGAGGGGGAGAUUGUUUAUUGGAGCUGGUCUUGUCUUUUUCCAACAGUUUACUGGACAACCCAACGUUUUAUACUAUGCCUCCACCAUAUUACAAGCUGUAGGAUUCCACACAGACUCUGCUGCCACUCUAGCGACAGUUGGAUUAGGUGGUGUAAAGGUUCUUAUGACAAUAGUAGCAUUGCUUUGUGUAGAUAGAUGGGGACGUAGAAAGUUCUUACUGGUAGGAGCUACAUUGAUGGGGAUGUCAUUACUAGUUCUAGGAUUAGUGACUCAUUACGACUCAGGAGAGUCAAUCGCUAAUCCGUGUCAAGAAGAUAUAUUUUGUCAGAGCUUUAAUUCAUCGUCAGUAUUGUUAAAUUCCUCGUUAGAAAUCCAGACUCAUGUGAGAGAAGUAACUGUGAUAUCAAACUUUACUGCUAACACAACAAUUAAUCCUACUGUACCAUUUAAAUUACAUGGAGAUGAUGCUGGCAGAGUUAUGGCCUUCACAGCUCUACUUACAUUUGUUGCUGCUUAUGGAUUUAGUUUUGGUCCAAUUAGUUGGUUAGUUCUAAGUGAGAUCUUCCCUUCUGCCAUUAGAGGACGUGCAAUAGCCUUGACAACAACUCUCAACUGGGGGACCAACUUAGUUAUAUCUGCUGUGUUCCUAGAUAUGAUAAAUGGAUUUGGAGUAUCUGGAACAUUCUUUUUCUUCAGUUCUGUAUGUAUAGUAUCAGUCAUAUUCAUAUUCACCACUAUACCAGAGACUAAAGGCAAAUCAUUAGAACAGAUCUCAGAAGAAAUGAAUAAAAGCUUUCCAUGUUGUUGUGAUUGUCAAUGUUGUUGAUCUAUAAUAUCUGGGAUGAAGGCUCGCUGUUUUAGAUGUUUAAGAUGUUUUACUGUAUACAAAACAGAUUUACAUCAAAGUACAUAAUAGAUUACAGAGAAAUCUCAUGAAUAUAAUUGUUGUGGAAUGUAACCAUGCUGCAGAAACUAUAUCUUAUUGAUAAAACUUUCUCAAAAAGAUUAUUAUAUAUUAUUGGAUUGUCCUGCAUCAUUUUUGUAACUCAAAUCUCUUUAUUUGCAAAGAAAUUGUAUUUAGAAUAUCUUCCCUGUUGCAUUAUGUUAACUGUUUAUAUUAAUACAUUUGAUUUGAUUUGAUUUUGCAACCAUGUUUUUAUUUGGGUGCAAAUCCAGAUAUUGAUUAAGGUCUUAAUUAGACCGUAAUCUAGUUCGUAUUUGUAGGUUAAGUUUGAACUUGAUGAUUGUGCCAUUUUGCUGUUAUGAAGAUAUGGUUUUGGAAAAUUUGGACCAAUUUGAUCAAAUUUAAAUAGUACUAACUCUCCUUCAUGUAUGUGCAAUAAUCUAUGAACGGUAUAUUAUAUCUUUUUUAUAUUUUAGAAAUGUUGUUAUUGUUGACAAGAUGGCUGUCUGGUUUGAUAGUGACCAUAUUCAAUUUUCUGUUUAAGAUUUCUGGUCCUUGAUCUAUUUGAAAAUGACUCUUUUUGUCAUUUCCGUGCACUUAAAUUUAUGAACCAUUUAGCAAAUACUUUUACCAUUUUGAUGUGUUGUUACUGAAAAAAUGAUGUUAAGUUUGAUGUUGAUGAUUUUUGGCUUUUCAUUGUUCAGGAGUUCCCUUAAUUGCUGUACCAAGUCAUGAAUAUGACAGUUGUUGUCCUCUCAUGUGAUGUGUUUUAUCAUUUGAUUUUGUCAUUUGAGGAGGGACUUUCUGUUUUUUUGUGAUUUUACUUUUUACUAUUAAAUUAUUUAUCAUGGACUGCUGUCACUUUGAUAGCUUCUUUUUUUGAAAAAGCAAAGAUCUUAUUCUUUAAAAAUUCUGACAAUUUAAAGUCUUCUCUGUUAACCUUCUUUUGAUAUAAUGAUUAAAACACAUAUUCUUGACCUAUGAUCAUAGAUGUUUGUGUUUACCGAUUUUCUUUUGUCAAGGUAUAUAUUGAAACAAUCAAAAAUUACAUAUUUUACUUGCUUAUUUAAUUAUCACAGACAAUCCUGCAUACCUUUAGGUAUCAAGGGAACUCUACCAACAGGAAUUGAGGAGUAGUUGCUUCAACAAGUCUAUAUUUAUAAAUUUAUAAUUUGUACUUAUUUUUGUUAUAUUUACUUAUCAUUUAAUUACAUAUCACUCAAACUAUAAAGGUUGUUUUCUGAAAAGUUAAAACAUGUUUUACAAAUAUAUUUACACAAAUUACAAUUAACAGUUUAAUCAGUUUUGUUUUACAUAUUUUUUGCUAUUCAAUUUUUUUCAAGGGAAAGGUUGUGGUUUUUACAAGUGCUUAUUGUAAUGUGAAAUAUUUUACAAUUUAUUUGUUUUACUGUUACUAUCAUUGGUUGUAUUCAUAUUUUAUCAUAUGUUUAGUAGUAAAUACUGUAGUUUUGCAUAUGUGAUAAAUAGCCUGCUGUUUAAUCCAUAUCGCGCAACUUUGAUGCGGUGCUUUGCUUUUGCGCCAAUUGGCAUUUCAUUUGCAGCAAAAAAAUAUUUCAUUUGCGCCACAAACCAUAUUUCAUUUGAGCCAAAAACUAAAUCUUUCAUUUGCCCCAAUAUUACAGGUAAAUACAGGUAAUAAUAGUAUAAAACAUUAAAUUUUUUAAAAAGUCUUUUAAUAAAAAGAAAGUUUUAAACUUAUUCCUCAGAAAUCAGUUAUCAUAAAAUCAUACAAGUUAUGCUUAAACCUCAAUAAAAUCAUAUAAGUUAUGCUAAAACCUCGAUAAAAUCAUAUAAGUAAUGCUAAAACCUCGAUAAAAUCAUACAAGUUAUGCUAAAACCUCGAUAAAAUCAUACAAGUUAUGCUAAAACCUCAAUAAAAUCAUACAAGUUAUGCUAAAACCUCAAUAAAAUCAUAUAAGUUAUGCUAAAAAUUGUUUUGCUGUCCGUAUCAGUCGCAAUCCUGGCUUUACAGAUUUUUUUGGUACACCUGAAGGAUUUGUCUCCAUUUUUUAAAACAUUUGAUAACCUAUAUAUGUGGUCAUCAAAUAUUAACAGAAUUAUUUCCUCUGUUUGUCUCAGAUUUGACUAUGUCCAUCUUGACACCUCACACUGGACUGGUCAUGUGAGCACUAUAUAUAUAAUUAUUACCUUAGUGACUCUCAGUUUUGUAUUAGAAAUGAGUAUGAACUCACACAUGUAUCCAGGGGGAGUUAUGUACAAACAAAAAACAAAAUAAAUCGUAAAUAAUCUUUAACUUUUCCGUUAUAUUACCUGUCAUACCUGUAAAAUGGCACAAAUGAAGGUGUUUUUUUGGCGCAAAUGAUAUAUAACCUUGUGGCGCAAAUGAAAGGUUUUGAUUUUUUAAAAAUUGGCGCAAAUGAAAUGCGCUCCUUUGAUGGGCACCCUUUAUCGCAUACCCUUUAUCACACACCUACCCUUUAUCGCACCCCUUCCCUUUAUAACACCCCUACUUUUUUUUUCACUUUUUUUUUUAUUACAUGAAGUCAGUUUUAUUUUUGAUUUUGUCCAAGAAAAAUUUUCCUCAAAAUAUGUCAAUUUUUUGAUUGACGUCAUUGUUUGGUAUGUGACGUCACUUACGUCAGUAUGUCAAGUUUUCAUAUUUUUGGCACACUAAAUGCAACUAUAAAAAGUACAAAACACACAAAUAAAUACAAUAAUAAACAAAAUAUUUUUAUAAAACAACAGCACACAAAUUGUAAGGUGCUUCGGAUAAGUAAUUGAGCAGUUCUUUUAAGGCCUUUGAAACAAAACAAAAGUAGAACUGAAGGUAACCCAGUGCUAUGGAUCAGAAAACAGUUCAUAUAAUAUAAUACUCUUCUGAUGAAAUAUAUGAUAAAGUGUAUAAUACAUAGCUCUUGGGCUGAUAUUGAUGUCUCGGGAUGAUACGACAUAUGAUACAGAUUUUGCCAUGUAUUAUUCUCUAUUUAUGAUAUAUUUCCCUAAUAUGUACUAAAAAUCAAGAUGUAGACCAACAACAGAGAGAUAAUCUGAAAUACUUUAGCAUACUUCUGUUUAUGCAUUAUUUCUAGAGUCUGAAAUUUUGCUCAAACACAUCUGUAGAAAUUAUCAUUUACAUAUCUAGUUGUGAUUUGAAAAAUUUUCAAUGGAUAGGAAAAUGAAAUUAUAGAGAUAGGCAUACUCAGUGAUGGAGAGUAAAAACAAGGAGAGAGAUCCUCACUCUUUGGUAAAUGAUAAUAAUUUUCUCUAAUUCUAUGGAAAAAUAUCCCUUUCUGAAACCCAUUGUAUAAAAAAAUUUAAUCAACUUGUGGUUGCUGGUGAUCUCAGAAGAUGAUUGGCUGAGUCAAAGGGUCAUGACCUUUCUCAGCUCCCUGAAAUGACCAAAAUGUUCUAACAGGUGUUAAUGAAAUUGACAACUUCGUGGAAAGUGGAAGGCACUAGAAGGGGAUUUUAUUUAAGAAAAAAGAAAAAUUUAUCUUUUACUCAUUAGAGAAACAGAUUAUUACAUAGUAAAGCGUGGAUUAUCGGAUUUAUUCAAUCUCGAUAGUUAAAUUAUAAAUUUUAAAGUCCUUGGAGAGGCUCAGACUUUAAAAUUGAUAAUUUAACUAUCUCGAUUGGAUAAAUUCAAUAAUCCACUUGUCUCAAUGUAAUAAUCUAUAUGUCUCAUUGGUGCAUCCUCUAUUUUUCUCUGUGCAAUUUACAAAAUGCCAUUAAGCCCUCAUUAAAUAUCAAUAAAAAUUUUCAUUAUUGUCAUGGCCAUUUUAUUUUUAUAAAAAAAAUUGUUUUUCCAUAUAACUUAUUGUAAAUUUUGAUAAUUUAUGCUCAUAUCAAUUUGUUAAUUGGUUGUCAGUUUUUAUAUCAUUUUCAUUGUUUGUAUAACAGAGCUUGAGCUAUUUAAAAAGAGUUCUGAAUAUUAUUUUUUUGUAGUCUUAUCUACAACAUUUUUUUUGCAAUUGUUUAUUGUUUUCUAUUUAUUUUACAAUUGAUGGUGACAUUUUCUUUGAAUGCAAUCAUGGUAAUGAGAUUUGAACAAAUAUACUGUGAUAGAUUUAAAACUGAACUUUUGGUUUAGACAUUUUGUAACACAGAAUAUUUUUAAGAUUUAUUGUUAAAUGAUUUCUGCUUCCAUUUAGUCCAAACAGAUUUUAUUAAUAUUUAAAAGCAAAAUUAUUGAAAUACUUCUUUGUAAAUCAUCACACAAUAUGUGCUUAAGAAAAUCGAUUUCCUAAAUUUUGCUGUUAAAAAUUAAAUAAUGGAAUUGAAAAAUGUUUGCAUUAAAAACACAGAAAGCAGAGGAAUAUGAUUGCAAUACAUUUUUCAGUUCAAGACUUUUCUUUGUUUUGAUUUAAAUAUUAGUUUGGAUACUAUAGAAUGGGAGUAUUUUUAUAUUACAAAGACAUUCAUUCAAUUAUUGAUGUGUAAAUAAUAUCAAUCUAAAAGUUUUCUGUAAAUUUGUAAUAACUAAGCCAACUUUUGGGGAUUUUAUAAUCUGUUUAUAGUGUGUAAUACUCUUAAUGUUAAACAUAGUCCCAUUUCAUUGUGUUUAAAAAAUGAAAGUUUGUUAUGUCUUUUUAUAAUGCAAUAUAUUUUGUCUGAAACCUGAAUAAUAUACAUAACUUUUUUUUAUCAGUUUCUUCAUAUAUAUUGUCUACACAAGAAAGAUUUUUUAAUGCUGAAUUUACAACAUACAAUUUAUAUCAAGGAACAAGUUUAGUUUUUGUAUUGGCCAGUAAUUGUUCAACAAGGAUUUCUAAUAAAAUAUUAAAAAGGAGUAUCAAUACUUCAGUUCUCAAUUUUACUCUAAAUACUUAAAUUUUAAGUUUUUUAUAUACUGCUGGGAUUGAUUUGCGUGUUUUAUACACUGUAAUUAAGUUAAAGAGAAUAAAGUAACCAAAAUUCACAAAGUUCUAUACAAAGAUGACUAUUUGCCUUUAUGUUUAUACAGGAGAAAUAAGUCAAGAACCUAUGGUGUUGUUAACUAGGUACGGUGAUUAAAGAUAAAUCAUUAUUUGCAAUGAAAUAAAAAGCAAUAAAAAAAAAAUUCUACAUAAUAUGCAUGUGUAUUUUGGUUUUCAUGUCUCUACAUAAAUUUCUUAUGAAUUUUAAUAAACCUGUGGAGAGUUGUCUCAUUGUCAAUCAUACCACAUCUUCUGUUUUUAUAUUUGUUUAAUAUCUAUUUUCAAAAUUAUGUCCUGAUACAUAUAAAAUUAAGAGAUCCCGUUUUUUUGUUAUACUUGAGUCAUGUUAUCUCUGAACUUUGUUUUUUCUCAUAUUAGUAUUUUUGUCUUUAACCCUUAUUGAUCAAAAGAAAUCCUCUUUGUUUUCUUUACAUUUGAAAUUAAGUUAGUUGUUAU